AUGACGACACCGUUAGCGGCGGCGGCCGAGACGGUUACCAAACAACUCCCUCGCAGAUUCGGCAACAAGCAGAUCUUCCUGCCGAAUCACGUCAUUGCCUUUAUCCGCCCCAAGGACAAGCAGCCGCCAAAUCUAGCGACGUUCGUUGUUCCGCUGAAUUUCAACAAAUUCGACCUGCGCGAUUACCUCUACCACGCCUACAAUGUCGAGGUGACCUCAGUGCGCUCCUUCAUCAACCAGCCAGCCCCGAAGCAAAAGUUCGUCGGCGUAGGCAGGAUGUACCGACCGCGCUCGCAAAAGAUGAUGAUCGUCGAGCUUUUGAAGCCGUUCGUCUGGCCGGCGCGGCCCGACGACUCAGAGCUCGACCAGUUUGACUACAAGAUGUUCCAGCAGUUAUCUAAGGAGAGGUCGGCUCAAGUAGAACAGCAGAAGAACGCGAUGAGUAUUCCCUUGCGGUCUCAUGCCCCGGCGAAGGAAGAUCGGGUAAGGUUGAGGAAACAGGCGGCCGACAUUGUGGAGCGCGGGGAAUGGAAGAACAAGAACGAUGAUGAUGGAUGGACUGAGGUGGAUGCCGAUGUGAAGAUAUAA